GGGAUAAUAUGCAACGAUGGCUUUCAAUAAGUCUCAGUCUUCAAUGUAACCGGCGGUUGCAAACGCGCGUAUUGCACGUGCCCAGCUCGUCGGUGCAUGUUGAAAUGGGUUGCGCUGGCAGUCCACUUGUCAAAUGUAAAUAAUAAAGCAUCUCGCGAACAAUGUCAUCAGCAGCAACAGAAGGGCAGACUUAUCAGCUCGACUUGGGCCAUCAAGAAAUCGAGCGCAUUGUGGACGAGCUAGAAAAGAUCUACAGGUCAACACCCGGAAACGACCACUGGCUCCCUGCCGAAAACGUGGCCCAGCUCCUCUGCACCCAACUAGGCUACGAGGAUGUCGACGAGUUCGAGGCCUCGUUGGAGGGCAACUUCUCCGACUUUCUCAAAGUGAUACCACUGGUGGAAACGAAAACAGACGACACUGGGAGACUCGUCUUCCGCUUCAAGCCGGAAGUGCCUCAGUCGGAAUGGGUGGCCAGACGAUGGACGUUAAGGAUUACGGACAGGUCGCAGUUGUGGUGGGUGCUGUACAAAUCGCCACACGCACGGAUAGAGAUCCCGGAACUCGAGUUUGAGAUUUCGGCGGAUGGCAAUAGGCGGAUCGACACCUUAUACAACCAUAUCGGCGCGGCAGUCUUCAACCUAACAGAGCACAUCCGAGGCUCGGACUUACCCCCAGACCAGCAAGAGAAGACGUUGGACUGCAUCCAGGGCCUCGAAACGAUCCUGGAUGUGGAUAAGCCUUUCACUAUCGUUGUGCAUGAUCCGUCUGGGCUGAGCGACUUUUCGAACACGAAGGAUUUGGAGGCUGAGUAUGGGAUGACUAUGACGUUCGAUUAGCGUACCUCUCGCUCACAGAUGGGUUAUGUAGAGAUGGGGAGUACCCUUUGAAGACUGGGAUACACAGAAUGCGGAGGCGAUAGAUAGAACUUAGCCACUAGCAUGCUAGCAUAGCUACGAGCC